AGCCGGCGUCCCUCCUAGGCGCGCCGUGCAUUGUGGGUUGAGAACAAGCGAAGCCGAUUUGGCGUUCCUGGCGAUGAAGCGACUGCCAGGCUAGGAGACGGCGCGGAGAUAUUUGAAUUAGCUUUAGCAGAAGAGAGAUGGAGGAGCCAUAGAAUAUUAAGGAUGAAUUCAGGAAGGCCUGAGACCAUGGAAAACUUGCCUGCACUCUAUACUAUUUUUCAAGGAGAGGUUGCUAUGGUGACAGACUAUGGAGCCUUUAUCAAAAUCCCAGGCUGUCGGAAGCAAGGUCUGGUCCAUCGAACUCACAUGUCAUCCUGUCGAGUGGACAAGCCUUCUGAAAUAGUAGAUGUUGGAGACAAAGUGUGGGUGAAGCUUAUUGGCCGAGAGAUGAAAAAUGAUAGAAUAAAAGUGUCCCUCUCCAUGAAAGUUGUCAACCAAGGAACUGGGAAAGACCUCGAUCCCAACAACGUUAUCAUUGAGCAAGAAGAGAGGCGGAGGCGCUCCUUCCAGGAUUACACUGGGCAGAAGAUCACCCUUGAGGCUGUCCUGAACACUGUCUGCAAGAAGUGUGGCUGCAAAGGCCACUUUGCAAAAGACUGUUUCAUGCAGCCAGGUGGAACCAAGUAUUCUCUGAUCCCUGAGGAGGAAGAGGAAAAAGAAGAGACAAAGGAAGAAGGAAUUGAGAAGCCUGAUCCCACAAAGACUUCUUCCAGAAAAAGAAAAAAGGAAAAGAAGAAAAAGAAACACAGAGACAGGAAGUCGUCUGACUGUGACAGCUCUGACUCUGAGAGUGAUAUGGGCAAGAAGGCAAGGCAUGCAUCAAAGGACAGCAAGGCUACAAAGAAGAAAAAGAAGAAGAAGAAACACAAGAAGCAUAAAGAAUGAGGGUGGGAUGGGCUGUGGCAGCCCUGGCUCCUGGAAAGACUCAUUAGUGAGAAUAUGGUCUCCCACCCCACUGACUUUGUCCCUGUGGGCUCAGAUGGCUUCUCUUCGUGUAGCAAGCAGCUUGAGAAGCUAGAGGGCAGCUCCCAAAAUGUUUUUUUCCUUAUUGCUUCUGAUCCCUUUGCAAGUGACCCCCACAGCCAUUGCAUUCAUGUACACAAUUUCCUUAUUCAGCAGAAGGUUCUAGUACCAUCCCCGGCUGCUACUGCCAGAGCUGGAUCCCUUUGCAGGAGUCCAGGCUAGAGCCACAGGUGCUACUGUGGAGGUGAGCCUGGCUGUGGUGGGAGAGCAAAGUGAGCAGCCUCCGCCUGCCUGCUGUCUAGGCCCAGUUAUGGAUAGACUGCAGCCUCUAUUGGAGGCAGGAGGGAGAAGUAUUGUUCAUUCCCUCAACCCGGGCCUGUGCUUCAAGUGUGCGGAGAACAGUCUUUGCAGUGACUGCUGAACCAGACAUCCGAAGCCAAGGUCAUUGCUCUGCCUUCUGUAUCACUAUGUGAGUGACUGGUUCCAUUGCAGGUCUCUGCUUAAAUUCCUGGCAUAAAUGGAGAUGUGUUUGGUUUUAAACUUUCUGGAAGGCCUUGUUCCUAUAAUCCUUCCUGGUAACUUACAGACUUAGCACAGUAGUUGACAGAAAACAUUUUAUAUGCUAUCCGAGACUCUGGAAAGAGGCCAAGCUGAGGCACAAAGCCAAGGUCACUAGCAAGUCACAGCUUUCUUGAGAUCACUCAAAAAGCCCUCUCUUCCAUAGUGAAGACCUCUUCCCCUGGGCUGAUUAGAAAAUCCAGUAAGACUAUAACCUUGGGGGCUCUCUGGGGCACGAAUGGGAACUUGGCAGUCACCUCCCACCACAGUGGUCCCUGGACCCUGUCCUGAGCCUAUAUUCCAGAAGGAGGGUGACCACAGCAACCAUAGAGCCAAUCCAGGAGUAUUCUGUGCAGAGUGGGUGUGAAGUAGUCAUUCAGGGACACCUAGCUCAUCUGACCAUGGCAGGCCAGGGUAAAGACAUAGCAUGGUGGCAGCAGAGACUGUCCACCUGGGCUCCUUACCAGAUGCUGCUUCCCAGGUGGCCUAUAGGCUGUUGUCACUUGGGCCUAGGACGUACAGGAAAGGAGGCGCAAAGGCAAAAGCAACUGGGUGGCCUUGACUCUGUUUUAUUGACCUCAGAGCAUCCUGUGGAUACAGUUUUAAAAAAUAAAACCACAUACACAAUGGGAA